AUGUCCAGUAGCAAGGUGCCUAUAGGUUUCAAGUAUUUUGUACGCUCCUCUGUAUCUGAAAUGCUGGCAACUAUGCCUCCUUCAAGCAAGCAUAAAAGAAUAAUUUUGUUUUUCUCAUUUGCAGGACCCGUGGGGGCUCAGCCCUGCUUCAUGGUGCCCAGACGGCCUGGCUAUGGCACCAUGGGGAAGCCCAUCAAACUGCUGGCCAACUGCUUCCAAGUGGAAAUCCCAAAGAUUGACGUCUACCUCUAUGAGGUAGAUAUUAAACCAGAUAAAUGCCCCCGACGAGUAAACAGGGAAGUUGUCGAUUCCAUGGUCCAGCAUUUCAAAGUCACCAUAUUUGGGGACCGCAGACCGGUGUAUGAUGGAAAAAGGAGCCUUUACACUGCCAAUCCUCUACCGGUAGCAUCUACUGGGGUGGAUUUGGAUGUAACAUUACCAGGAGAAGGUGGGAAAGACCGUCCUUUUAAAGUAUCAAUCAAGUUUGUUUCUCGGAUAAGCUGGCAUUUGCUUCACGAAGUGCUGACUGGUCGGUCUCUUCCUGAACCUCUUGAACUGGACAAGCCAAUUAGUACAAACCCUGUUCAUGCAGUUGAUGUAGUGCUAAGACACCUACCCUCCAUGAAGUACACUCCUGUAGGACGUUCUUUCUUCUCAGCUCCUGAAGGAUAUGACCACCCUUUGGGAGGGGGAAGAGAAGUCUGGUUUGGAUUUCACCAAUCUGUCCGGCCUGCCAUGUGGAAAAUGAUGCUAAAUAUUGACGUUUCUGCCACUGCCUUCUACAAAGCACAACCCGUUAUCCAGUUCAUGUGUGAAGUCUUGGAUAUUCAUAACAUUGAUGAACAACCGAGACCUCUGACCGAUUCUCACCGGGUAAAAUUCACCAAAGAGAUAAAGGGUCUGAAAGUUGAAGUGACUCAUUGUGGAACAAUGAGAAGAAAAUACCGUGUUUGUAAUGUGACAAGGAGGCCUGCCAGCCAUCAAACUUUUCCUCUUCAGUUGGAGAAUGGGCAGACUGUGGAAAGGACGGUUGCUCAGUACUUCAGGGAGAAGUACAACCUUCAGCUGAAGUAUCCUCAUUUACCCUGUCUACAAGUUGGACAGGAGCAGAAACACACAUACCUGCCUCUAGAAGUUUGUAAUAUUGUGGCCGGCCAGCGAUGCAUAAAGAAGCUGACUGACAAUCAGACCUCCACUAUGAUCAAAGCUACAGCCAGGUCUGCCCCGGACAGGCAAGAAGAGAUCAGCAGGCUGGUCCGAAGUGCAAAUUAUGAUGCUGACCCCUUUGUCCAAGAGUUCCAGUUUAAAGUUCGCGAUGAGAUGGCUCACGUGACCGGCAGAGUACUACCGGCUCCAAUGUUACAGUAUGGAGGACGAAAUCGGACCGUGGCAACGCCAAGCCAUGGUGUUUGGGACAUGCGAGGAAAGCAGUUUCACACAGGGGUAGAAAUCAAAAUGUGGGCCAUCGCAUGUUUUGCAACACAGAGACAAUGCAGAGAAGAGAUCUUGAAGGGAUUCACAGACCAGCUGAGAAAGAUCUCAAAGGAUGCUGGGAUGCCUAUACAGGGCCAGCCAUGUUUCUGUAAAUACGCGCAGGGCGCCGACAGCGUGGAACCCAUGUUCAGACACCUCAAAAACACUUACUCUGGGCUUCAGCUCAUUAUAGUCAUCCUGCCAGGAAAAACUCCAGUAUACGCUGAAGUAAAGCGUGUUGGGGACACUUUGCUGGGGAUGGCUACUCAGUGCGUUCAAGUAAAGAAUGUAAUUAAAACAUCUCCUCAGACCCUCUCAAACCUGUGCCUAAAGAUUAAUGUCAAACUGGGAGGGAUCAACAAUAUCCUUGUUCCACAUCAACGACCGUCUGUAUUUCAACAGCCUGUUAUCUUCUUGGGAGCAGACGUCACUCAUCCACCCGCUGGGGAUGGCAAAAAACCCUCAAUUGCUGCUGUUGUAGGCAGUAUGGAUGCCCACCCAAGCCGCUACUGUGCUACUGUAAGGGUACAACGACCUCGGCAGGAGAUCAUCCACGAUCUGGCGUCUAUGGUGAGAGAACUUCUCAUCCAGUUCUACAAGUCCACUCGAUUUAAACCAACACGUAUCAUCUUUUAUCGAGAUGGCGUCUCCGAGGGACAAUUCAGACAGGUGUUAUAUUAUGAGCUGCUAGCAAUCAGAGAAGCCUGUAUUAGUCUGGAAAAAGACUAUCAGCCUGGAAUCACCUACAUUGUUGUGCAGAAACGCCACCAUACAAGGCUGUUUUGUGCUGACAGAACUGAAAGGGUUGGAAGAAGUGGAAAUAUUCCUGCUGGGACUACAGUGGACACAGAUAUCACACACCCAUAUGAAUUUGAUUUUUACCUCUGCAGCCACGCUGGAAUACAGGGUACCAGCAGGCCCUCUCACUAUCAUGUUUUGUGGGAUGAUAACUGUUUCACUGCUGAUGAACUCCAACUGCUGACCUACCAGCUGUGCCACACUUAUGUGCGCUGCACACGCUCUGUCUCCAUUCCUGCGCCAGCCUAUUAUGCCCAUCUUGUGGCAUUCAGAGCCAGGUACCAUCUGGUGGAUAAGGAGCAUGACAGUGCCGAAGGAAGCCACGUUUCCGGACAAAGCAACGGCCGGGACCCACAAGCCCUUGCCAAGGCUGUGCAGAUUCACCAGGACACCUUACGCACCAUGUACUUCGCGUGAGAGCAGCCACGCCCCACAAAACACGCAAAGGUUUGACUUACUGCAAGAAAAACCCAAGGAUCUGCUGCGCGGGUUUCCUGGGAGUUAAAGGGGUGAAUCAGGUUCACAAGCACCCCAGCCUACCACUUCCCCGCGUCCCCCCUCCUGGCUCACACUGAAGCCCAUGCACAGUGAUUGAGGGGAGAGCUAGUCCUGGGAAUGGAAGAUCUUUGAGGAACACCGCACUAUUAUGCAAUAUGAAACCAGCCAACUGCUAGAUCAUUGUAAUGGAGCCUCCACUUGGAUGCACUGCAUUUGUUUUAUCUUUCUUUAUUUUACUUUUAAAUAUUGUAUCCCUUUUAUGCCUUUACCUCAAAUUGCUCUGCAGCAUUAGCUGUCUUUGCAAAAAUAAUAAUAAUAAUGAAAUACAUAGAUAUAUAAAUAUAUAUAAUUACAUAUGUAUUCAAUAUUGGAAGAGACCAUAACAAAAUAGCGGUGUAUAUGAAUAUGUUUUAAUACAUAUACUCACAAAGGCUGCAUUUAGUAAGCAGAUGAUACAGACCACAUGUGGUACAGUAGUGUGGCAAAGUCUGCUAAAUUCCUUAUUAAAUGCAGUUAUUAUAUUGCCCAAUUCAAGGGGUUUCAGGGAGGUUAAUAUAAGGGUAUCAGUUCCGCUUGCCUUUAACCUCUUAACCCCUUUGUUGCCGUAGGAACAACAUGCAAUACUCUGGCAACACAGGGGUUAACUUUAGACGCAGUCCAUCUUGUAUAUGUCAUAAUAUGUGUACGUAUAAUAUACACAUAGUUGUGAGUGUGGUAUAGAAAUGAAACACAAGAUGAUGUGCAAAAAAACUAAU